AUGCGUUUCCUAUGUCAUCUGUCAUUCAGCCUGCCUCUCAACAACAACAACAACUACUACUACCGUGCGGCGGACGAAGAGGCAGACACGAUCGCUGCUGCUAUCGCAAAAAGUGACAACCGUAGCGACGGGGCGGGCAUUUCCGCGGCGGCCCUGCCAUCUUCUCCCACUCUCUCUUCGUCGUCUGAGGAUCCAAUUGCUCCCAUUUCGCGCCGUCAUCGCGUGGCUGCGUCUGAGUUGUCUUCCGCCAAGGGCGAGGGCCCUGCGUUGGGGUCUCUCAACAGUCUGCCGUUCGCCACCAUGUCUUGUGAGACUAGAUGCCCUCCGUCAGGGUCAGGUGUGCGCCUGCGUUCGGGACGCGGUGUAUCGCAAGUGCAAGCGCUGUCAGCGACUGAAGAAGAAGUGCCUCCAGGUCCCUCUGCAGGUUCGCCGUCGGGCCGCCACUUGGGCCGCGACGGAACCUGCAGACCGGGACUCGGAGGGGUCGAGGGGUUCAUUGCCGAGCUGGAAGCCAUCGCCUCCUAUCUGGAGGAGAACGAGGUCGUGCACGUCAUGCGGUCCCUCAACCGCAACGUUCAGAAUGGCCCUGCUUAUCAGGGACCAUCUCAACAUCCUGACGUUCAGGAUGAUAGGCCCGACUCUGAAGACAAUCGUUUGCAAACUACAGUGCCCAGUGGUGUCUCCACUCAGGUCAAUUAUGUCACUCCUAAUCCCAUUGACCAAGGAACUACUUCUCUUGCUGGACAAGAGAUCAGAUCAGUAAGUGGCACCAAAUGGUGCUCUUCAGCCUCGGAUGAUACUGAGGACAUCAAUUCAAAAAGAGGAUUAAGCGCCUCAUCUCUGAAUCCUCUAACAAAGAGGACCAAGGUUCAGGAAGCCGGCAAGCGCACAAAUAUUGUCCCACCAAAAAGACGUGGCUCGGUCCUAAGUGUCAAGGAUACUGAGGAUGAUGAUGAGGACAACAAGUCCAUAGGUUCAGUGAUACCGAGUACCCCUUCUCCCAGGAUCGACAUGAAAUCGGGAAAUCUGGCUUACCUGGCCAUCAUGUGGUGCAUCCUAUGUCGACUACCUGGAAAGCCCGCCUCUGGAAAUGUUUCUCUGAGGAUGAAAGAGUUUGGCACCACUAUUUAUCAUCGCAUCAAGCCUGGAUAUCACGACCGUUUUUCCAUCGGUUCCGUGUCGCUCAGACGUCGCGGAGUCGAACAGGAAGACGCGUGUACCUUUUUGCGAAAGUGGUCGAGGGUCUUCGGUUCUUGCGUUGCAGCUCCGGACGUGACUACCGAUCAGACUGGGAACAGCGUCCUCUCUUCGCGGGGACGUCACUCAAAAGGCUCAUACCGUGACCCGGCACGACGCAACUACAGUGGAAGAACUCAAUCCGUCCAGCCAGACGCUCUACUUGUCGCAUAUUGGCGAUACCCUGAUCCGAUGCCCCAGAUUACCGGGCCCGAUCCCCAACCAGUGAAGGUUGGAAUGACGAUCCACUGUAGCUUAGUCGAAGAGACUGGCUGCUCUAUCGUUUACGGUUUUAAGCCAGUGUACAUCCGCAGAUUAACAACCAAGCUCUACAAGAUAGCCGCUGUUAAAGGAAGGACACUAAAGAUUGAAAAUGGAGAUUUGACUCCAACUAUUCUACCGAUAAGCAACCGUUGCAACGCAAUGCCACACAGAUACAAAGAAUGGCUAAGGAUAUCAGCAGUUGUGAGGUCAAAGGCUGCCCGGACAGCUGGAAACAAAGCAUUUCGUGAUUUAGGCCAGGUACCGCCACUCUUGGUCCCAGGAACUGCUUUGGACCAGGCAGACAAAUACAGUGCAGUACACGAAUUCGACACAAGAACCACCAUGAGGGUAUCAGACAUCCGGAACCUUUUCAAGGCAAAGUCCAAAGAUCAGGCAAUAUUUAGGGACCUGCUAAAGGAAAUCCUUCAAUCAAAGCCGAUCUACACUGAGCAGAUAAUAACCCCGACUGUUAAGCAGGAAAUUCAAGACGACAUCAACCAUUAUGUCCACCGCAUGCCACAAUGCAUCAAGGCUAAGUAUGACGACGAUGAACUUGCUAUCAGUGUCAAGAAUGCCAUGAAGAAGGACAGGAGGACACCCACCCCAGGCAGGAGUCAAACUCCCCAGACUGGAGGGCAUUCAUCAGAGCCAGCAGUGACGCCAGGUCCUUUGCAAGCAACCCAACCACAGAUGCUCACACAAUUCGCCUUAGAUACAUAUGACCAAGCACAUGUCCAAUGGCAAGAAGCUAUUGAAGACUAUACGGCAUACCUCGACAAAGGACGCUGA